GAAAGCGGUACAAAAGGAAAGGCUUCGAUUGUUUUGAUACGAUCGAGUGGGUUUUAUUGGGUGCCUCGGAGCGACCACACUGCCGAACGAAUCAUUAGUGCUCGACCCGCGUUGCUUGGCGUGUCUAGAAUAAAAGGAAAUUCGCGCGAUUAAAAGAAAGCCAAAUCCACCCUUGAUUCACGAUGGGCGUUCCAGCUGGUGAUGUUGAGAAGGGCAAGAAGCUGUUCGUGCAGCGUUGCGCUCAGUGCCACACCGUUGAGGCCGGUGGCAAGCACAAGGUUGGCCCGAACCUGCACGGCAUCUUUGGCCGCAAGACUGGCCAGGCCGCUGGAUUCACCUACACCGAUGCCAACAAGGCCAAGGGCAUCACCUGGAACGAAGACACCCUGUUCGAGUAUCUGGAAAACCCGAAGAAGUACAUCCCUGGCACGAAGAUGGUGUUCGCCGGUCUGAAAAAGCCGCAGGAACGUGGUGAUCUGAUCGCCUACCUUAAGUCUGCCACCAAGUAAGCGGACCGUGCGGUUCGGUGUUCCAAACUCAGCCAAACCAUUCAGCAGAUACACCCCAAAAAGUGGCGCGCUACGUAACAAUCUGCGUCGGCCGGCCCAGCAUCAGCUAACAUCAUUCGGAACCAGGCAAAAAAAUAGACAAGCCAUCAGGCGUUACAGCACAAUAUCCUUCUCCAUCAGGAUAGAGAGUCCCCACCCGAUUAGGACAAUUUCUAUGUAAAUCUAUUUAAUUUAAUUUAUGCUAGAAUUAAAAUAGUCGGACAAAUUCGAACAAUUGAAACUGACCGUGGCGAUAGGGACUGCGAAUCGGUCAAACUUUCGCACCUUUGUAUGGGAUCGUUCGGACAGAGGCAAUCCGAAGUAAAGUUCCUCAGUGGGUGGCGUGGGCGUUUGAAUUAUGCGGUCUGUGCGCAUUCAACCACUUAUCAGUUCUAAACUGAUUUCGAACGUUGUAGUAUUAUCAAUAUCAAAGGAAUGUCUUCAAACCCAACCGCAGAGAUGUGACGCUGAAUAAAAUCCGGAAACCAAAA